AUGGAUAGUUAUAAUGCUAAUGAAGAGAAGAAUUUGAAUUUCAUAACCCAUAAGAACAGUUAUGAUGAAAAUAUGAAUUCUAGAAGUAGAAAAAGUAGUUUUAUUGAAUUCCAGUAUGAUAGGGUUGUAAAUAAUGUGCUAGGAUUAUUCAAGAAACAGAACAAGCAAAGGUUUCUGUCAACGUCAUCUGCCUUACGCAAUGACAUGCAUGAACAAAUUUUAUGCUCUCGAUUAUUCUUAGAUUUAUGUGAAGAUAGAGAAAUACUUUUACACAAAAUAUUAAAAAAAAUAAAUAUUUUGAAUUUAAUUUAUUUUCGCUUUUUAAAAGAAUCUGACAUCGAUGAUGUAUUCGAUUUGCACAACGAGCUUUUUCCUGUAAAGUAUCAGUCCGAUUUUUACUUCAGCAUUUGUAACUUUGCCGAUGAUAAAGUGAUAGACGACGAGGUUACCAGGAUCGUCGAGAAGAUUUCCCGCUCUCUCAGAAGCAAUGCUGGAGCCAAACGGCACAGCGGCAACGCUAACCAAUCCAGCGGAGCACUCCCUGAGGAGAAAAAUGAAGAGGCGGUAAAAGUGCGCGGCGUCUCUCCGUCAAGUGACGACGAUCAUAAAGUGAAAAGAAAGCAAGUCGGGGAAAAAGUGGAUACUGACAAAAAUUCAAACUGUAAAGACGAAGAUAUAGACAACAUUUCAAAUAAAAAAAUAGUGAAUUCGGAAGAUUACAAUUCGUCAAAUCGUUCCGUGGACACGAAUAAUGAUGAAAAAAGAAGAAUAAAUAAAAAGUGGAAGGAAGAAGAAAUAUUCUCCAUAGGUGCCUUCCUUCCCUUUUCAUUCAUUGAUUAUAUAAACAGUGAUCAUAUUACAAAAUUACUGAAAAGUAAAUCGAUAGAAAAGGUUAGUGAAAAGGAGAUCCUUCUGGAUUAUAUCAAAUUUAUUGAUGAUGCUAAUAGGUUACGUAGUGGUGCAGGAGACGAGAAUUCGGCACACAUUUCCCAAUCGGUGGAUAAUGCGCAGUCAGUCGACACCACCCAUUCGGAUGAUCCCUUCCAGUCGGAUGGCCACAGUCAUGUUCAGUAUGCUAGGGGCUCCGCUUCAGAGAGCAGAACAAAUAACAGAAGAAGGUCGUCCAGUAACCUAGACACCAAGUCAAGCAAUUCGACAAACCCAUCUGCUAAAUGUUUGCCCACAAUUUGUUUCUCGCAAAGCACACAGAAUGAUUCCCCUUGGAGGAAAACUGAACAAAAAAUAUAUAGCCAUAAUAAGCAUAAGGAUAGCAAGCACGUCGCUAGUAAAAAUGCAAAGAAUGUCACGCCGCACAAUUUGGCUACCCAUGAAAAUGGACAAAAUAUAUGUAGGUACAAUGGAACUCACCUAGAAGAAUAUAUAAAAAAAAAUGAAAUCUUAAAAGAGGAGGAUUGCCGUGUAGAACAUAAAAAGGAUAACCAUUCGAAUGACAAAGUGGAUGAUAAAAAUACAGAUAGAAGUAAUAUCCUCAAAAAGGAGGAGUACAUUAAAAAGUACCCCCCAUCAGCGGAUGAAACAGAGAAGGAUACGAAUUGUAACGAAGCACACAACCGUAAUAAUAGCAACAUUUGGGUAUCUUCCCUCCAGAAAGACAAAGGCGUGGAGAGCGGCGAAAAGGGGAAGAAGCACGGUAAUUCGCAGCUCAACAGUUACCUAGACAAUCUUCAGAACAACAUGUAUGAUGAUAAUAAUACGAACAUUCAAAAUAUUUACAAACAAUUGAAGGAAAAGAACAUAGAAUAUGAAGAGAGACGUAACCCAUUUUUUGGGACAGAGAAUGUGAUAAGUCGAUUGAGAGAUAAAAUAUGUUUAAGCAAAGAAACGCUCAAUUUGUACAAUCGUAAUAAAAAGAGAGUGAAAAGUAAUUACCUCAUCGGAUGUGUGUCAAAUCUGAUAAAUUAUCAAGACGCUAGAAACGAAAAGGAUUUUAUCAACAUAUAUAACCAUUUUAAGAAAAAAUCGAAUAACUCAAAAAAGGGAAAGAACUACUUAAAAUAUGUGUACGAUUCGUCUUUGAACUUUUUAGAGAAUUAUAUCCCGCUAGAUAAAAAUGGAAAUUUCAGCGGGAGGGAGAAGACCGCAAGUAUCUUCCCAUCGAAUAAUCUGAAAAAGACUGAUCAAAGUGAACAACCCAAAGGAAAUACACUCCACACAAAUGGCAGAAAUGAUAAAAUGAAAACAGAGUCGAGUUAUAUGCUAAACGAAAAUGAUGAAGAGGUACCUAAAUGCUCCUCGCAUAUGUUAGAUCAGGAAAAAAAGAAACUAAUACAUCUACACAACGUGCUAAACGACUUAUCCGUUUUGCGAACGCAAUAUGUUAAUAAAGAUACAAAAUUUGAAAAGAAAUUAUAUGAAGAAAUUUACAUGAAUGAAAAUAUCAAAACGAUAAGCAAAAAAUAUAUUAAAAAAAAAAUUAACAGUAUUUACAUUUUGACAGUGGGAAUAAGUGAGUACUUUAGGGGACUAAAUUUAGCUUCCUACCUCAUUGAAUAUACUGUGUUUUAUUUCUACUUUAUUAUUUACAGAAUAUUUCUGUACAAGAGUAAAUUUUAUUGCUACAUUGAUAACGAUAUGUUUUAUAGCAUUUCUAGUAGCCAUCUAGGUGAUCAGCAGCAGAACGAUUUUUUCGACGAGGGUUUACUCACGGACAACUCGUCGGAUGAUUUCUACUCCAUCGUGAGUGAUGAAAAAUCAUUCUCCGAUAGGGAAUACAAGAUGAAGGGCAUAAAUGGAAAGGAAGACAUGUUCUUGGGGGAAACAAGGAACUGUCUUGACGAGGAAAGGAAACAAUCCGAUGGGGUAUUAAGUGGUCCUACUAGAAUUUUUCACGAACAGUUGGAGGAACAGAAAAACGAAAAUAUAUGGGCCAAUCUGAAUGAUUCUUUGCGGAAAGAAAAUUUUGUCAAUGAUAAAAUGGAUGACGAGAACAACGAAAUGGUAUCCAAUUUAAAAAAUAAGUCUACCCCUUUUGGUAAUUAUCCAAUUCAGUUUAAUGCCUGCCAAACGGACGAACAUGGGAAUACCAGAAGGGAGAGUAAUGAAAUGGGAGAAAGGGACCCAUUCAAUUUUAAAACGUACAAAAUAAAUAACUUGAAUAGUCACGCCCAUCAUGGAAAUAAACGGAAAAACAAAUGGAGUACAGAAAAGUCCAAAAAUUAUAGCAUUUCGAAUGGAGUUCUGAGGGAGUGUUACAAACAAAUAAUACUGAAUGAUUACUUGCACCACCUGUAUGUUAUCAUUCAAAAUAAGAACGCGGAAAUGUUACCAGAGAAGGAGACACAAAAGGGAGAAGCGCAAAAAACAGAUCCUUUUCCUGCGUUCUUAAAAUUCCCCUUAUUUAAAAAUCCCCUGUAUAGCUCAGGCCUUAACAAUAAAAUGCUGGAUUUUUUUUUAAACAAUUUUUGUGCCUUCAAUUUAAAAGAUAGACCAUUUUUUCACCUAAAAAAUGCGAAUGCAAGAAAACCUUGCUUGGAUUAUAAUGAUGAUGAUGUAUCCCUGCCUCUGUAUAUAUACCUACAUGUCAUAGAUUAUAACAAAGCGGCCAUAAAUUUGUACAACAAGCUAAACUUCGAUUAUAUUUGCACGUAUGACAAUUUUUAUGAUAUAAACAAAAUGACAUUUUCUUCCUUUUUGUAUUCAUAUUUCUUUUAG